AUGAGCUCCAAAUUAUUCCCUGGUGACCCGAAAAAGGUCAUGGUGAUCCGACAAGUCACGUCAGACAUCACCACGUUCAGUGUCCCAUUCAAUCGCUUCGGGCUGAUCAAGUUUGGUGGCAGAGGUACUCUCGUCAAACUUGCGACAGGAAACAUGCUCGUCGUCUCGCCAGUCGCACUGACCUCCGAGGUAGAGCAGACAAUCGCAACGCAGGGCGGACGGAUCAAAUACAUUGCCGCGCCAGAUAUGGAGCAUCAUAUCUACCUUACAGCCUGGAAAAAGGCCUUCCCGGACGCAGAAAUCAUUGCGCCCGAGGGCCUAUACGAAAAGCGACAGAGCAACCCGGACCAGAAAGAUACACAGUUCUCACAUAUCCUCACCAAAGCCAACAAGCACGACAUCCACAUAUCAGAAGAAUUCGACCGCGAAAUCGAUAUUGAGUACGUCGACGGACACGGCAACAAGGAGAUUGUCUUCCUACACAAACCCAGCAAAACCAUGAUCCAGGCCGAUCUUAUUUUCAACUUACCCGCCAACGAGCAAUACUCUCGCACGGGCGAGUCUCCUAGGUCGGGCAUCAUCACCAAGCUGUUUGCGCCCUUGAUCUCAGCCAAUCCGCCGCCAGCGACAUGGCACAAGCGGUUUGUGUGGUAUGUCACGGCCAACGAUCGCAAGAGCGUUGGUGAGUCUGUUGCAAGGAUGGAUAAGUGGGACUUUGAUCGGAUUAUUCCCUGCCAUGGUGAUGUCAUUGAGACGGGAGGUAAAGCAUUGUUCCAGAAUGUGUUUGAGUGGUUUUUGGAGGGGAAGAAUAAGAAGCAGCAGCGGCAGCAAUAA